ACGGGCUUAUAAAAUUUUCUACUCCUCGAAUAUGGUUGGUAUACUAAGAUAUUUCAUUAAGUUGCAAAUAAAAGUUCUUGUUUAUCAAUAACUGCGUUAAAUAAACAACAAUCUCAGGUCACAUAAUGCGAUUAGGUAAAAAAUAAUUAUUAUCACCCUAGUGUUAAUUUUCGUCUCUCUCAUUUAUACCGGGCAUAUAAAAUACAUGUGAUGCAAGUGAUGAGGGCAGACACACCACAUUAAAAUUUUGUUAUCACUAACCUCCAUAAACGCAUUAGACCGAAAUGCGACUAACAAACAAUAAAUAUUGCUUUGUGGUUGUUCUGGGUAUGAAAAUCGAUAACUCGGAAGGUCAACACCACUACAAGAGGGGAGAGCAAGAACCGUAUACUUGUGUUUAAAUAGUAAGAUGACUAACCAAUAUUCUCCUAAUGAUGUGGAAAUCAUAAACCUCCAAUUGAGUUUUGCUCUGGUAGAUGUUCACACACCCUAACAAUUUGCGUGACUUCGAUUUGCUAAUGCUUUUAGGCGGCAGAACAAUCAAAAUAGGGGGUAGACCACAUGGCUCAUUAACAUAUAUGUUAAAGACCCUCGGCAAACUAGAGAUUUACUUGAAAAUGAAAAUAUCACUUCGCCUGUCAUUCUGCUGCGUCACUGUUCUCGUGUCCUCCUACUCGCAUUAAUUUGUUAAAAUUAACUGUUAGCUUAAGCAUUAUUAUAUUGGAUUGAUAACUUCUAUAAUUAACUGAGGAUUUCUAAUGUCACUUCAUCGUUCUUCUAAUGGACCUCCACCAGCGAAACCACUUGUUGCAUUGCUUGAUGGUCGUGACUGCACUAUUGAAAUGCCCUUGUUAAAAGAUGUGGCCACAGUUGCUUUCUGCGAUGCUUCAUCCACCAGUGAAAUUCAUGGUAAAGUCCUUGAAGAAGCUGUUGGGGCUUUAAUGUGGCAUACCAUUUCUUUAACGCGCGAGGACCUUCAGAAAUUCAAAUCACUAAAGAUUAUCGUGAGGAUAGGCAGCGGUUACGACAACAUUGACAUAAAAGCCGCUGGGGAACUUGGAAUUGCUGUUUGUAAUGUUCCUGGAUUUGGUGUUGAGGAGUCUGCAGAUACGACACUUUGCCACAUUCUGACCUUAUACCGACGUACUUAUUGGUUAGCAAACAGCCUGCAAAUGGGCAAACGGAUUAAUGGACCUGAGCAUUUAAAGGAAGUUGCAAACGGGUCUGCUCGAAUACGACGUGAUACUCUUGGGAUAGUUGGUUUAGGUAAGCCUUUAAUGAUAUUGUUUAAAAUGACAAAACUGCUGAUUGGUCUAUCUAUUUGUAGAUCUUUAGUCCAUUUAAGUACUUAGUUGUAUUUGCACUGCAUAGCUCUUUAUUAAGAUAUCAAAGAUAGUUGAAACCUGAAAUGACUCUAACAAUUUCAAAGCUUGUUUGAAUGAUUAUCUUCAUCGUGCAGUUAAAUAUAUGAAAAGUUGUAUUCAUACUUGUACAUUUCACCAUUUUCUGUAUUGCAACAGAAAGCCGAAAGAGCUGGAGUCAACUUGUUCUGUAACGUCUAACGAACUUUAGUGCAUGAAUAGUGUAGAGGACUCAUCAUGAUGAAUUCAAAUUGAAGUUACUUACUCUUAGUUAAUGGUGUGGGACAUAGUUUUGACUAAGACUAUUGAAAUAAGUCUGUUUGUAUAUGGUCGAGUUGGAACAGCUGUUGCAUUACGAGCCCAAGCUUUUGGAUUUCAUGUAACAUUUUACGAUCCUUAUCUUCCAGAUGGGAUCGAACGAUCAUUGGGUAUCGAACGUGUUUACAGUCUUCAAGAUCUACUAUUUCAAAGUGAUUGUGUCACUUUGCAUUGCUCACUUAAUGAGCAAAAUCGCCACAUGAUCAAUGAGCAUACAAUAAAGUUAAUGAGACCGGGUGCAUUUUUAAUCAAUACUGCUCGAGGUGGUUUAAUUGAUGAAGCAGCCCUUGCUGCUGCACUUAAGGAAGGUCGAAUACGUGCUGCAGCAUUGGAUGUAACAGAGACAGAACCAUUUGUUUGGAGUAAUAGUGCUUUAAAAGAUGCUCCAAAUCUUAUUGUAACACCUCAUAUGGCAUUUUACAGUGAAUCAAGUAUGCGUGAAAUGCGCGAGGCAGCUGCAAAUGAAAUACGAAGAGCUAUUUUAAAUCGCAUACCAGACUGUCUUCGAAACUGCGUCAACAAAGAAUUUAUGCCCAAUGGUGGUUCGUCAUUAUUUUCUCACGGUUGUUCCAACAAUAGUCUAUCCAAUAAUAUCAGUAAUAAUCCCCUGGUUAAUAACAAUCAUCUGUCUCUUGGAGCAGGUAUACCUGGUGUUAAUGCCCUCAAUAGUAGUGUAGCUUCAGGAUUAGAAAACGCCGCACGUGGUUUGCAUCCAGCAGCUGCAGCUGCCGCGUUCGGUCUCUCAGCAGGUCUUUUCUCUUCUGCCGCGGGUGGAGGUUGUGGUCUUGGUGUAGGUGCUAACAGUCUCCCCUUCCCUGCUAACCUAAUUGGUGGAUCAGGGAUAGGUCUGUCAAAUGCCGGUGGUGGAGGUAUUCUCACCAACAGUGGUGGUCCAACAACAAUCCCAGCCCUCCCUCCCCCUCCUGCCGUUGCCGCGGCCGCCGCAGCCCAUCUAGCUGGCCUUCCUCCUGUCUCAGCGUACGCCAACUUCUUUCCUCCCGGAUUAGCCGCUGGCUUAGGCCUUCCUCUCCCUCCUCCCCACGCUGCAUCUUUGGCUGGCGUAACCGGAUCCUUAGGAGGUACAACGACUGGGUCUUCAACGAGUGCAACCUCAGGCAAUUGUACUAAUAAUUCUACUUCAGGCUCAGGAGGCCAGACAGUCAGUUCCCCCUCACCUGCAACCAGCGGUUGUAUCCCUGGUGUAUCCAGCAGUACUUUCGAUAGCGUACAUGCCAGGCUUGCUGCCGCCGCCAGUCUUGUUGCUUCGGGUCUAAAUCCGAGAUCUUCAUGAUACUACACUUUUCUUAUCAAAAUUAAUCAAAAGGUGUAAAGUGAACAAACUAUAUAAAUGUUUUGCUAACUUUGAACUAUAAGGGGAUUUGUUUAUCCUAUCUACCUACCAUGCGUAUGUGUAUCGCAUGUGUACUUCAUGCAUUAAUAAAAUGUUGUGUUAUGAUUUAUUUUUUUAAAUUAAAAAUUUAUACAUCUCAG